UCGAUCCAUUUGCAUCCGCUCCCAUCCCGGGUCAUGACAUCCCCAAAGUAGCGAUGGAUGACCGAAGCUUGCAUUAUCUCGGUUAAAACAAGAUCUCUGCCUUUUAUUGUUCGUAUCGUGCCGCAUAAACUUUCCCAUUGUUUUCGGCCGCAAACCUUAGAACACAAAAACCCGACCACAUACAUAUAUCGAUUGGUGUCCUCCGAGACAAGAUGACCGCGUCCCUCUCCCGAGACCUGGAGAAACUAAACCUGAGCGGCGGUGCACCACCGCCCAGCAAAGCGGCGAUCGAGCCCUUCCGCUUCUUCGACCUACCCUCGGAGAUCCGGCUGCGCGUCUACCACUACGUGCUGUUCACGCCGAAGCGGCGGCGGACGGUGCGCGCGGCGGGCAGCGUCGGGGCAUCAUCGAAGAAGAACCCGCCGCUCGCCCCAGCGUCGCACCGGAUCGCGCUCUUCCUGGCGUCGCGGCGCCUGCACGACGAAGCCGCCGACUACUUCUACUCGACGCAGGUGUUCCGCCUGUUCCACCUGCAGGAUUACUCGAAGAUGCCGACGGUGCGGGCGAUCGCGUCGCAGUACCGGCCCUCCAUCGCCACCAUCGAGCUGAUCCUGGGCUCCAGCUGGACCGACCCCCCGACCGCGUGGCGCGUCACCCCGUCCCUGGGGCUGGAGGAGAUGGUCCGCAUCCGCACUUUGAAGGUGUUCCUGGAGGUCGACCCCUCCCACCCGGUUUUCGAGGGCUUCCGCAUCUCCCGCGACUUCUACACCAACUUCUCCGGCAACAUCCUGCACGAGGUCCUCGCCCGGCUGCCCAAUCUCGAGUACGUCGAGUUCGACGCCUGGCCCUCCGUGCGCAAGAGCGGCGGCCUGAUGAAGCGGCUGCUGCACGAGGCGCGCGCGGCGCGGAAGAAGAUCGCCUGGGGCCCCGACCGCGGGUGGACGGAUUACGACGGCGAGGAGUUCGACGAGGACGCCUACGGUCUUAAGGCCCAGGAAGCAAAAGCGGAGGAACACCGGGCACAGCAGCUCGCCCGCUUGAAGGCCAUGAUGCCGGCGGGCUUUGUACCGGAGACGCUCAUGCCGGAGACGGCUACGGUUGUCGAAUCGUGACGAGAGACGAUUAU